UUUUGACUUGUCAUUCGAGGGUAUGUGUCAUUUGUUGCGCACUUAGAUUAAUUUUAUUUAAUUAAUGAAAUGAGUGAAAUGAAAAACGAUACAGAUGUGUCUGUAAGUAAUAAUACCGUAGCAACCCAAAGAGCAAUUGAAGGCAGUCCAAACACGGAAAACCAAAAUGGACAGCCAACCGAAUUACAGCGGCAACCUAGCAAAUUAGAAUCUUUUUUUGGUAUAGUAAAGUCCCUUAUUAUAAGGGGCAUUAUAAUAUACUUCAUUUCAUCAUUCUUUCGUGGACCCCAGGCCCCUAAAGUUACAGAAAAGGGCACCCAAGUGACUUACACACCCGCCAGAAAUAUAUUUCAAGAAGGAACAGUAUUAAAUUUGUAUAUUUAUUUAUCAGAAAAUGAAACGGUGAAUAAUUACCAUCCAUCAAAUCUAUUCUGGUACAAGGAGGGUCUAACGUAUGGGGACUGGUCAUCCGGCCCUAAUGGGGAUGGGACUUAUUUCAUAGAGAAGUCCGUUCCAGUGACGCCAAAUAUGAGAAAUAAUGGAUCUCUUUUCUUACACGCAUUUUUGACACGAUCGGGCUAUAGCCCUGAUCCAAAAGCCGAGAAUUAUGCACGAAACCAGAUGUCUUCUGUAAUGAAACAGCUAAAUAGGUAUAAAAAACUGAAAUCCAGCGGUACAAAAAAUCUGUUAACCGGAGAAAGCGAGAAAAUAGAAGUGGAAGACGGCAAGGUUAUCUCCCAUUGGCACCCCAACUUCACGAUAAAUCUAGUUACGGACCAAACCUCUUGGACAUAUGGUUCCGUGCCUGCACCUUUAGACCAGUACAUCAGAUUCAGCGAUGACAGAAAGUUCUACAAACCUGUGCUCUUUGCGAAUGACUUCUGGAACAUGGCCCGUGAUUACAAACCUCUAAACGAUAGUUUAAGCCUCCAGAUAACCUUUCAACCGUUGAGCCUUUUCAAAUGGCAAUUGUACGCUGCCCAACACACUAGACAGAUGUGGAAUAUUUGGGGCGACAACGAACCGGGCCAGUCCGAUGAAGAACAGGACACGUUGAAAGAAACGUUAUUGGAUACCAACCCUUACUUGUUGGGUAUUACCGUCUUAGUUUCUAUAGUUCACUCCGUUUUCGAGCUUCUGGCGUUUAAGAACGACAUACAGUUUUGGAACAACAGGAACUCGUUAGAAGGCCUCUCGGUCCGUUCGGUAUUUUUCGGUGUCUUCCAGUCUCUGGUAGUCUUAUUGUACGUGUUGGAUAACGAAACGAACACUCUCAUUCGAAUCUCGUGCUUCGUCGGGCUCGGUAUCGAAUUCUGGAAGAUAUGGAAGGUGGUGGACAUCAAAUUCGAGAACGGUCGUUUAACGUUCAAAGAUAAGAGUUCGUACGUCGAAUCCAGUACCAAAGUGUACGACAAACUGGCAUUUAAGUAUCUGUCGUGGGUGUGUUUCCCGCUUUUAGCCGGGUACAGUGUUUACGCACUGUUGUAUUUAGAGCACAAGGGUUGGUAUUCGUUCGUUUUGGACCUACUUUAUGGGUAUUUACUCACGUUCGGUUUUAUAAUGAUGACGCCGCAGCUGUUCAUCAACUACAAGUUGCAAUCGGUGGCGCACCUUCCUUGGAGGAUGUUGACUUACAAGUUCUUGAACACCUUCAUAGACGACAUGUUUGCGUUUGUCAUAAAAAUGCCGACUAUGUAUAGGAUAGGUUGUUUCAGGGAUGAUAUCGUUUUUCUGAUAUUCUUGUAUCAGCGUUGGAUAUAUCCCGUCGAUAAGACCAGGAGGAACGAGUUCGGGUAUUCUGGGGAGCAGGAGGAGAACCAGAAGAGUAUUACCGAGGGUCAAGACCAAAGUGCGAUAGAGACGAAGAAAGACAAAUAGUUUAUUUUAUGCUUUUUUAAGUCCUUGUUGUUGUGCGUGUCUUUCAUAAGCGUACCUAUUAUUGUUAUGCGUAUAAUAUAGUCCAAGAGAUAUUGCCUGUAAGGCCGUAGUAAAUUUUUCGAAAACG